AUGGAUGCACACAUUGCAGGCAGGUUAUUGGUAGCGCAACCCACAGAUGUUUACUGACUAAAUGUUCUCAUAUACAGGUUGAAGAAGAUCAAGUGCGGGGAAGAACGUCCACAUUGUGCCAGAUGCGUGAGAUAUGGUUCAAAAUGUACCUAUCCUCGUGAUGUCGAGGUUACCAGAGGAGGUUCUUUUAGCACUUUCGCCGUCAAGCCGAUUACGCCUCCACGCAAAGGCCAGUCCCAUGAAACGGGCCACAGAACUGUAUUCUGGCAGGAUACAACCAUCCGGUAAGCUUUGGGUUCGAUCAUGAAUCCAUAUUCUGUUUUUAUUUUUCGCAGUCCUAAGUCUUUUUUCCUUAGAUCCUGCGAAUCCCCCGUCUCUUCGUCGCCCACAUCAGACCAAUCCUCGUCGCAAGAAGCGGACACAAACUCGAAAUUGUUCCCCAUAUAUAAAUAUCGCAUUCCCAUACCAACCAAGACUACACUUCCCCUCGUAAUCCCAGGAACACAAGCCGAACGCCAUCUUUUUCACUAUCUUCGUAUCCGAGUACUUCCAGAUACUGGUGGCUCUUCCAACCAUAACUUCUGGAGAGUUGCUGUCCUUUCUCUUUGCCAUCAAAAUUCCGUUGUCAGAUCGGCUGCAUUGUCUCUGGGCUCUUUUUAUCUUGCAAAACAUUCCGAAAACUCGUCUGAUGGUCUCAAAGCCUUGAAACAGUAUCAUUUUGCGUUGCAAGCAGCACGAAACUACCUGAGCAACCGCACUGAGCCUUUUGACGGUCCACUUUUGAUAAUAUGCCUUCUGUUCUACACCAUCGAAACCGCUCGGGGAGAAUACGAAGCUGCAUCCAACCAUGUUCUUGCGGGGUUGAGAGUACUGAGAAGUUGGAAUCAUAAUGAUAGGACUAGCGAUAUAUCAAAGUCGAAAAGAUUGGGCGAAUUCAACGACAUCAGCAUCCGUCUCGCCGGCCUUUUCAGUUCCUUGGACGCAAAUAUGCACAACGGCUCAAACUUAACUCCCCCAAAUUUAGUAAUGACUUCAUUGGACGAGCGAUCUGGUUUGAAGUCUUGUAUUCCAAUGCCAAUAACUGGGCAUGCAGACGCUGCCAGAUCUUUCGGCAAACUCAACAACUGGCAUCACCAUUUUCUUGCUUCGAUUGCGAGCAUCUCGCCCCCUGUGUCCCUUGAUAGAUUACCGAUACCUGUUAGCAAUGAACUUUCAUAUUUGAUGGAAAACAUGGAGCGUUGGGAGACCUCCAGUGACCAUUUAAUCUUACCAAAUCAAUCGUGGAAACAGAUUGCUGAUACCACCUGCCUUAAAGUCCUCUGCCUAAGGAACAAAAUCCUCUUCCACAGUACUUUGGCUUCUCUCACAUCCAGCCCAAUGCUCAUUGAUGUAAAUCAAGAUUUCAAUCGCCUUCUGGACAUGGUUUCCAUGACGACAGAUGCGAUGGCAGGGAGUCCCGAGAGGAUUGAAGUAAUCAAGCCUUCUCUAUUCAUGAGUUGUAUUCUAGCUCCUCUGACGCUUGUUGGCAUUACUUGUAGAUCAAAUGAGAUGCGUAAGAGAGCGGUGAGACUGUUGAAACUGUGGCCGGUCGAGGAAGGCAUUUACGAUGGGAAGAAAUUCGCUCGAGCUUUCGAGAUGGCAAUGGAUGUCUCUCGGCAGGUAGAUUUGGAGAAAGACGAAGACACUCAACUCAGGCUGUUCCGUGCAGCAUUUAUCAAUUUCUUGAAGCAGGAGACUGGGAUUUGCCUGCCUCCCAGCAGCGUAUUCACGUUUCCAGCUUGAUUCAGAGCCAGGCGUGCAAGCAAUGAGCUUGAAGUGCGUCUUUCCCGGAUAACUUAGUCUCCCGAGAAAAUUUUAGAAAGUACACCAGCCAGUUCUCGGAGGAAUUCGACGAAUUGAGAUGGUUUUAUCUGAAGAGGAUCAGAAAAUUGAUACGGUUAUUUCAAUAGACUCGAACCAACAAAGUAUUCAUCUUGAAAUAUUCAGACUAUUAGCUUAAUUAUUUCCCCCUUCGAGGCUAGAAUAAUUGGCUUGAAGCUUACUUCUUUUUCAGAAGUCAUUUACAAUAUACAAAGCAAAGAUUCUACAGGACUGGGCACAAUGCAAGAGUGGACGAUUUUUUCAUGGUUUCUCAUUGCGCUACUGUAAACCCUCAAGAAGAAACAACUGACUCGAGUACUGCGAGAAAAUACACCAAGAAAGCAUCAGACGCACACUGGAGUUAUCCCAUCAAAACCAGCUCGACGAUUUCCCUCCCUCGACAACUAUCUAAAUCACUUCUUCAUACCCUUCCACGCUCUCCCAAAUGAGUUUCACAUCUUUGCUUGUAUUAGGUUUCCCACUAGUACUAGCUCAGACUGGGCGUUCCUAUCAGGUACUUUCCUGAUACUUACAUUAGAUGUUUACCUCAAAUGAGGCCGCAGAAAGAAUAUGAAAGUAGUGGAAAGAAGAGUCUCAAGUGAUAGAUGAAAAUCGACGCAGCCAGAACGUCGGGACUCAGCGUCUCACCCUUUUCCCACCAUUACAACAACCCAUUCCCAACCCUUUACGAGAAGAGAUUCCACCAGAUGACCGCAGUCGCAACACCAACCGCGGUUGUCACCGCACUUCGUACAGGGUCCAACUUUCCAAUUGCAACUGUUACAUCAGGCCCAGUACUGUGAUCAUCAUAACAUUGUCCUUCUACAACUCCUUUCAAAUACAUCACAGCUGUACCUGAUGCCUUCAAUGGCGCAUUGAACCACUCGUCAAACUCGUCCCACUCAGCAUUGUCCGCUCCACCUUCAAUAAUUGAGCCGAUCUCGAGCACCGGGAUUGGCAAAAGGACCUUGGAAUAGGAUCUGACAGGCGCAAUAAGAUCGUUAAACUGGGGUGUCAAAACUCCCGGUGAAUAUAUGAGCGGCCUGCCUUGGGAACUGUAUGUGGCGAUGGCUCGAGUUUGCGGUGGCUGGACGAGGUUUCCUCUAAUGACACAAAACAUCAUGACACACAUGAUAGCAGCGAGAAAGAUAUCCGACAUCUUUCGGCACCAGUUGGCAAAUUUGGUUGAGGGCUUAAGCUUCUGCCUGGCGAUAUGACACAAUUCACGCUCAGUGGAUGCUCUUUUCCUCUCGAUCCUCGCGCACGUAGUGAGCUCGAUGCAUUGUGCCUGAAGAUAAAAGAUCUUUUGGGUGUGGUAGUAAUCGUCCUCCUCCUUCCCGAGACGAAAGGCUUCGCUGGAAUCACGAGCGACCUUUCGUGCCUCGACACAUUUUGCAUUGCUGCACCAUCGAGUCAUUCUCUCCUUUGGAAUGGGUAUCUCCUUUUGGGAAGGAGCCUCCUCUUUCGUAGGCGUCGCAUGCUCAUUGGUCGGCUUCUCGCCAUCUUUCGUAGGCGUCUCGUCCUCCUUUUCGGUCGGCAAUUGAGGUUUAGGACGAUUUCUGUGGCGGUCCUUCUUUUUCUUGGGUGCUGUUGUUGGACCAGCUUCGGCUGAUUCAACUCCUUCGAGAGCAGCCUUAUCCAAAGCAUCUGCGCCUGCACCUGCGUCUGCUCCUUCUGCGGAGUGUAGAACAAUGCCGAUUUCUGCCGCAAUGGCGUGCGACUUGGAUACGAUGGCAUCGAGGGCAUUGCGAAGAUCCUCAGAUGAUUCCGCCAGGUUUUCCUGGGCGAAACCACCCUCCUUGAUCGCUUCUCCUCUUUUCCUCAUUGCGAGAAAAAGAUCUACCACCGAGAAGAGCUCCUUCUGAAGCUGGCUCUCCUGUCCCCUUGCCACAAUCUCCAGGUACUCAACCUCACUGUCACGAGAAGCCAAGAUUGCUUCUCGACUCUUUUCGAGGCUUGCUAGGAGGCCGAGACGGUGCCUACAACCGUCGCUGAGCCCCGCGCCCCAGUCCCAUUCCUCUUCGUAGGCUUCGCAUUCUGGAGUAAUACCUACAAAGGUUGACAUGGCUACGAGCUCUCUCUCUGACGGGCUGUUCUACACCUCUUGGAUAGUAUUCUUUGAGGAAAAGGACACAAGGGCUCCUCACACCAUCCCUGAAAUGACGUCUCUCUUUGGAAGAAGAGCCUUCUUUAAGCGCCUUCCUAAGUGAGUGAGAGCCUCAUUUUCUUUGUUGGUCUAACGGCAAUUUAGGACAACAAAGGAAUUAAACCCUUCUCUUUGAUCAGUCUUUUUUGAUGUUUCUGAAAAUACGACCAAAAGUAUUUAGAGUCCUUGUUCAGUGUCUAAUGGCUUAAGGAAGCAAAGGUAGCUAGCUAGACUACAAACGCUUAUAUGCCAGCGCCGAGUCACGUGAGUAAACCGAACGUGACUGUAGCGACAUGGCAUUGACAUUGUGCCUCUCCCGAUUUCGACCGAGUAACUCUCCCUCGUACUUGGGAGCCAUUGUUCGUUGGUUUGGUCGUGGUGGUCGUGGUGGUCGUCAAGCUCCUGACAUCAGGAUGAGCAGAGGAUACCUGUCAAGGGUCGUGAAAGAAAUUAGUGCUAAUUUGCUAAUUUGGUGGCUGGGUAAAGUGAAGGUGAAUUGAGAAAAAACUUCAAUGUUGCUGACGCCGUGGUAGAAGUCUUUUCAAGCAGUGAAUUACUAU